UCCAAAACCGCCAUUUCUCAUUACUUUUUUGCCCUAAUUUCUUCAUUUAACCGGUUAUUAAAUAACUAAAAGAAGAUUAGAGGAACGCCCGCCCGCUAAUUUUCUGUGACUUUUUUGGUUUGUUUUAUCGAGAAAUUGAAUUGUUUUAGCUCGCUAUGUCGAUUCGCCAUCUGUUAAAUUCGAGAAUUUCCUUCCAUUUUCUCGUUUGGUGGAUCUUGUUUGGUUGUUUUCCAGGAAUAAUUUCACCGUUUGUGGUUACAUUGGAUUCAGUUGAAAUAUUCCGCACACACGAUUGGAUUUCAAAACCGGCCGUCUAUUUCGCUUGUAAAGGAGAGAAAAAAACGCUGUUACCCGAUGUAACCAAACCCGGCUUCAUUUAUUCUUUCAGGGGUCAGGAAUCUUGGCAGCCGGUGACAGAAUUGAAUGGCAAGAAAUGCAAGCGAUGUGGAUUCUACGAUAAUUAUGUCAUCAAAAUAGAUUAUGUAUAUGAGGAGUGGGAGUUUUGUGCUUCUGAUUUCAAAGCUCCACUUGGGAAAUACAUUUUGUUUAAAAAAAACCAACUUAAUGCUACGUUCCACUGUCAAGAAUGCACAACUCUUCCUGGUGCUUCCAAUGCAACCCCUCAAAAUAUUAAUGACGACGACGACGACGAUGGGAAGGCAAUACGUGUCUUUAUAAUUAUUCUGAUUACCCUGCUGGUUUUAACUGUAACAAUAAUUGCACUUGUGGUGGCACAUAAACAUUGGCAAAAGAAGAAGAGGCAACAAGAACAAGCUCGGUUCUUAAAGCUAUUCGAAGAAGGGGAUGAUAUCGAGGAUGAACUAGGCCUUGGUACUGUAAUAUGAUGAAAAGAAACUUUGUUACCUCCUUUACAGUAAGUUCACCUUACAUAAAAUUUUGCUUCUUGUGGGAGGGAAAGGAAAGAAAGAAAAUCAGUACUUCUUUGUGCAAAUUUUGAUAUACAUCUGUGAUACUAAGUUGGCUACAGAUGUGUGUAUAGUUGAGCUUUGUGGCUCUCUUGGCCCCUCUAUUAGUUCAAUAGUAUCUAGGUUCUAAGUCUUGUAAUGAAGAACAACAAAACCCUUUGCUUUUAACUAGCACAUCAAUGGAAUCACCAUUUAUCAGU